UGGCUGUAGUAAAGGAGUUUGAAAUUUUUAUCAUUUGAUCUGCAUUCUAUAAAGAAAGUAAUGUUCAUACACACAGAGUUUUACACACGGUGUCAGGAAGACAUUGGAAAACCCUCAACAUCUUACUAUACAUGAGAAAUAAAUGUCUGAGCUUGUACCAUUAAAUCUGAUGGGCAUAAUUUCACAUCACAACAAAAACAGAUUGUCAGAUUUGUUAUGUUUUUCAGGGAAAGAGUAGAAGUUUCAGUUUGAGAGAAAGAAGAGAAAUAAGGAAUAGGGCCUUUUCUAGUUACUUUUGUAAUUCAAAGGAUUUUAGCUGACAGUGUAUACAUUAAAGAGGAAAUCAAAUGUCAGUCACAUUUCACUGUCCCUCCUACACGAUCUUCUUUGGGUCCUUGUCAACAAUCAUUUACAUGUAUCAUCAGGUGGCUUUUCUGUGGUUAUGCUAGUUAAAUUGGUUUUGAAAGAAUUCUUGGGCUGGAGAGAUGGCUCAGCCGUUAAAGCUAGGCUCACAACCAAAAAUAUAAGAGUUUGGUUCCCAGCACCACGGCUGUCUCUCCAGCCACCAAGACCGCUGCCUGUGCCAUGGCUCCAGGAAGUGUCUCCAGUUCUUCUUUCUCCUCCUCUCCCUCUAGGGACACAUCACCUUCUGGGUCACCUGAGCUCCACGAGACUCACAAACCAGGUCCAAACCCCAGGAGAGUCCUAGUAGGCCGACGGAAACCGACAAUGCUCCGCAUGGUGCUGGAGGCUCUGCAGGCCAGGGAGAAGCGCCAGGGCACGUCCGUUGUAGCCAUCAAGCUCUACAUCCUACAUAAGUACCCCACGGUGGAUGUCGCCCGCUUCAAGUACCUGUUGAAGCAGGCCCUGGACACUGGCAUGCGCCGAGGCCUCCUCACCAGGCCGGCCAACUCCAAGGCCAAGGGUGCCACUGGCAGUUUCAAACUAGUUCCCAAGUCCAAGAAAAAGAGAACCUGUUCCUCAAUAGCCCGAAGGGGAGCCACAGAUGCCAAGAAGACAGGUCCCAAGAAAGCUACGGAGCUGAAGACAGACCAUGCUGGCAAUACCAAGACAGAAAACGUGGUUCUAAAACCAGGACCGAAGACGAAGGCUUGUUCCUACCCAGCAGCCACCUUGGAGAAGGCACCUAAGAAACCCAGCAAGGCAAAACUGGGAGAGGUCAGAAAGACCCCCCUAAAACCAGACAAAGCCACACGGGUCCCUCCCACUGCCAACCAGAUAGGCCAGAAGGUCAGACGCAGUGGGAGCAGGCAAGAAGCAGAGGCCUAUAGGAAAACCAAAGAUGUGUGUGAGAAAUCAGAGCCCUCGGCCAGCAAGGUCCAGAAUAGUGGUGCUUCCCUUGCCAAAAGGAAGAUGGCAGCCACGGCCCACACUGAAACAGCUGUUCAGGGGGCUAGGAUGGUACACAAGACCAAAGCACCUGCUCCUCCCCAGGACAUGGGGUGCAAAGCACAACCCACACACAGGGUCAGGAGAACAAAGACCCCCGAGAACUCCAAAAGGCCUGGGUUACCCCCCAAGACCUCAUUCAAGGUGCCUAGCAAGAAGGCCGAGGCUGGUAGCUAG